AUGACUGAGAAUAACUUUACUGGGAUCCUAAGCAACAAUGAAUCCCUCAACCCAGAAAAUGAUUUCUGUUCUUUCUUUCUAAUUUUUGCAUAUGUUAACAUUGGACAGACCUCAUCGCUUUACUUUAGAGGGCAAAAAAUUUGGCAGGCAAUUAUUUCUGAUCUUCUUCCACCAGGGUUGGCACAUGCAAAGAAGGCUUUGCUUUCUGGCUGCUCGGCAGGGGGUUUAGCAGUGUUUCUGCACUGUGACAACUUCUCCAGGUCUCUACCUGGAAAUGCUUCUGUCAAAUGUAUCAGUGAUGCUGAUUUUUUCUUAGACGUAAAAGAUGUAGCCAACACUGACACAAUUAGAACCUUAUACCAUGAUGUCGUUUCUCUUCAAGGCUGCUUAUUUCCACAAUAUUUCCUGAGUUACAUCAAGACUCCUAUGUUCAUCUUAAACACUGCAUAUGAUACAUGGCAGGGUGCUGGUGCAGGCUGUGUUCCUGGUCCUGUGCUGACUUUGUUUGCUGAUGCUUUUGAUUAG